GGCGGCCAUGGUAUUUCAGCAUCAGAAGUAUGAAAAUUAAUGAAGAAUCGACUUCUAUAUAAGUGGCAAAGCAAGGGGUGGGUACUUGGCAAAGCCUUACUCUGCUAUCUUCCCCUGAAACAAAAGGCUUGUUCAGUUUCUAAUUGGCCAUGGCAGUCUUGACAAAGCCAUCACUUGAGCAAGUCUCCCUCCCAACGCCGCCGCACAGACCGCGAAGCUACUUCUCCGGCCUUCCGGUCGUCGACCUGUCGGUGACGGACUCGGACGCCCUCCUCGUGAAUGCCUGCGAAGAGUUUGGGUUCUUCAAGGUCACCAAUCAUGGAGUCCCCAAGGAGCUCAUUGCCAGGCUAGAAGAAGAGGCCAUCAAAUUCUUCAGCCUUUCUCAGAUGGAGAAGGAGCGUUAUGGCCCUGCAAACCCUUUUGGUUACGGAAGCAGGACAAUCGGUGGCAAUGGUGAUGUAGGUUGGCUGGAGUAUCUCCUUUUGGAGAUCAACUCCGAGUCCAUUUCACAUUCUUCCCUAGACUUCCUCAAAGAACCCCGUGCAAGAUCUUUCUGCUCUGCUUUGAACGAGUACGUAGAAUCAAUGAGGAAGCUGGCAAGUGAGGUUUUGGAGUUGAUGGCGAAAGGCUUGAGGAUUGAGCCAAGGAACAUCUUCAGCAAGGUGGUGAUGGACGAGGAGAGCGAUUCCGUGCUGAGGCUCAACCAUUACCCUCCAUGCCCACUGCUGCAAGGGCUGAAUGGCAGCAUGACUGGGCUCGGAGAGCACACUGACCCUCAGCUCAUCUCAGUGCUGAGGUCAAACAACACCUCAGGGCUGGAGAUCUCCUUGAGAGACGGCACCUGGGUCUCAGUCCUUCCUGAUGCAGAAUCCUUCUUCAUCAACGUUGGUGAUUCCUUGCAGGUUUUGACAAAUGGGAGAUUCAGGAGUGUGAAACACAGGGUGGCGGCCAACGGAUACGAGUCCAGAGUGUCGAUGGUCUACUUUGGGGGGCCUCCUUCCGGGGAGAGGUUGGCUCCUCUGCCUCUGCUGCUGGGCGAGGGAGAGCAGAGCAUGUAUAGGGAAUUCACAUGGUGUGAGUACAAAAGGUGUGCCUACAAGAGCAGGCUGUCAGACAAUAGGCUGCAGCAAUUUGAGAUGUGAGAAGAAAGCCAUGCAAACAAGCCAUUCAUGUGUACCAAGGAUGGCCUUGGUUUAGGAUUUAACCAAAGAUAGAAUAUUUGAGGUUUUACUUCUUUCUCUGUUUGGGUCUUUUACUUAUUACAAAAAUAAAUUGAGUUAUGGGAUGAUAUGUAUACAGAUAUCCCCAGAAGUGAAGUGGUCAAUGCGAUAAUAGUGUGAUUAAAUAAUGAAUGUUAGGUUGCAUGUCGAUUGUGUCUGUUAGGUACGAAUCAAUCUUAUUCGUUUUCUAUUAGGUCAGGUGGAGAAAUCUUAUAUUGUCAACUGCAUCUGUAUUAAUUAUAUUAUAGGUCUCCUUGCUAGGGCACUGAUUGAUGUGCCAUGCCUGUUAUUCAA